AUGGAGAAUCAAAAAUUGACAGGUACAUCUAUCAUGUUGACAAGAGAAAAAUCUAAGUAUAUUUAUAAAUUAAUUCCCUUUUUUAAAAAUGGAGAAGCCAAAUUUUACAUUAACACGUUUAUGUCAUAUGACCUCUUGCACAAAAAGAGCUUGAGAAGAUCCUUACGACAGGGACAAACGGGUAAUAUGUUAUGUAGUAAUAAACAUAAUUAUAACAUCCGUCUUAAUGAUUACGUGGAAGAAGACACCCCUUCAGGAGAGUACAGCAAUAUCCAGAACGAGUUGGUGUAUAAGGAUGAGUUGAAUAAAAAGGAGAUAAAUGGAAAUGUUAGAAAUUUUUUUAGAUGCAGCUCAAAUCAGUUUAAAGGUAAAAAUAGCCAAAUUGAUCAUGUUCAAGAACCAUGUUUUAAUGACACAGUGGCUAUUACAAGCAUACCUAACAUUUCACCCGCACAUCUGAAUACAAGAAAAAAUGCAUAUACAAGUACAGGUACAGAUAUAAAUGGUGAGCAUAUUAGGGGAAAUGUUAUAGAAGAAAAUCCAGAAGUAAACACAUGUGUACGUGAAAAAAGAAACCAUGAAACAGAUUGUCUCAUUUUUGAGCAAGUCGAAUUAAACAAACGAAAUGGAGCACUGGAAUCGUCAACAUUAGGAGAAUAUUUGUUGGAAGAAAAUUUGAAUGGAAGAAGGACCUUUCAUCAUAGUAGUGUCCACAACUCGGAGGAAAAAAAGGAACAAAAGCUGGAUGACAAUAAGGAUUUAUUGAUGGAUUCACAAACGAAUAUAUUCACUAGAGAGGAGGAUUCAUUUUUUUAUGCAGACAGUUAUGAAAAGUUAUGCUUCACCCAACAAGUUGAAAACGAAGAUACAACCCCAAAUUCAGGUUCAAUUUUUAUGGCAAAUUCUAAUGGAAAUACCAAAUUUACAGUGUCAGAUGCAUGUGCACAACAGUGGGACAUCAGCAAAACACUCACCGAGAGGGAUGAUGGAUACGCAAAAGAGAAAAACAGUGAUACUGAGAGGAACAGAUAUGCAAAGGAGAAAAUCAGUGAUGGCAUCAACUCGAGGAUUCAGAAAAAUCUAAGUGAAACAAACACAACUUUUACUUUGAGAAAUGAAGAACGAACAGGAUACAGGCAUACUGAUGCAUUAUAUGAACAACAACAGGUCUUAUCCUUUCUUGUUCAUAAAAAGCUGAUUCCAAAGUGUUACAGUAUUGUUCCUGUUUACCCAUGUGUUAAGGAAGGAGAAAACCAAGAGGAUGAAGCAACUUCUGACAUUGCAGUUGGUGAAGGAACAAAGGCAGAAUUCAUUAACCCAGGAGAGGAAAAAUAUGGCGAAAAAAGGGAACUAAGGGGCGUAAAGAAAAUAAUGGGAACCCAGAGUUCAGGCUCUAUUUUAAACCAAACAGCAGAGGUGAAUCGAAAGACUCAACAAGAGGAUGAAACAAAUCGAAGUGAAAAAUGUGGAAAGAAUGUUGUAAGAAAAGGUACACAUACACAAACGAAAGGAGUUGAAAUAUGGAAAAUCGGGAAAAUGAACGAUUUCAUGAAAGAGUUAGAAGUGGAUAGAUUAGGAAAAAGGGUUAAAAAACAAGACAAAUGUAAAGGAUUGCACUUGGCACUGAAACUGGAAAAAAUGUGCAAUUCGAUAGCGGUUGAAAAUCAAAAUAUUCUAGAUUUAAAAUUAGGAUAUAACACACUGAAAGAUAAUGACUUACUAUUUAAUCCGGAACUAAUAAAAGAAAGCAACUCUAUUGAAUGGUGUGAAAAAGAAAAGUAUGUAAAAAGAUGGUCUAGAAUGAAAAAGGAUAUAAGAAAUGAAUAUAUAAACACAAGUGAUGAACACAUAAUUGAUAUAUCAGCUCGUGAUAUAAAAUUGCCUCCCGCUUUUUACAAAUAUGAUAAUAAUGAAAUUUAUUCCUUGUUGAAAUCGUGGAAACAAGAAAUUACUGCACGCAAGACUACACAGAAAACGUUAGGAUUUCGAAUAUGUGCAUUAUUGUACCACAUACAUUAUCCGAAUGUGUUAAAAGAUGAAGAUAUUAAGAACAUUUAUGCUAAUUAUGUAGCAAAGAAUGAAUUAACUGAAGAUAAUAAAAAAAAAAUGAAUGAUCAAAACCAUGUGAAAAAAUAUUUUCCAAAGGAAAAAAUCGGAAUAGAAAAUUGUUAUGACCAUGUUCAUAAAAAAUUGCAAAUUAGUAGAGAUAUUGGGUUACAUUUAAGUGAAGAACAUGUGUUAUACUUGUUGACAAUUUUUUUUAAACAUAUUGUUUCAAUUGUUUUGCCGAAAUUGAUCAAUUUAAAAAUAUGGCUACAAGAACAACGCAUAUAUUCCUUUUGUUCAACUUCUUUAUUAAUUAUUUAUGACAAAAAAAAUCCUUGCACAUGUGACAUAAAGUGGAUUGAUUUUACUUACUCCUUUCCAAAUUCGAUGUCCCCUAAUAAUUACGAACAAAUGAAAAAUAAAAAACCAAAUUUAGACAUAAUUUUUGGUAUAAAUAAUUUAAUUAAUUUAUUCAGAACUGUUUUUGUUGGCACUGAAAUACCUCCUUCUGUUUCGUUCCCCUUGAGCAGUGAGAAGAGGUGGUCUCUUCCUGUGGAGAACGACAAAUAUCAAAUUUGUAUGUGA